CAUCCUCGUAAUUAUUCCUUAGGAAGUACUAAACUAAAACUAUUAUUACACAAAAACAAAAAACAACGAACAAUGUUUUAACAAUUUUAAUGUCCGAUUUCUGUUUUUUCAGAUUCUGAAUUUGUUUCUCUUCGUAUCCAACAGCAAUCCAUAAUUUCCAGCUCACCCGCCUAGAUCGGAUCCAUUUUUCUGCCACCACCACCACCUUUCACCUUUAAUUUCAUCCGACGCCACCUCGGACCUGGGUUUUUUCUCCCUUUCCAUCAUCCCCAGUAAAAAUUUCACGCAAUCCAAAACCCCCCUCCCUCAAAAAAUUAAAUCUUUUUCCCCCCUUUUUUCUGCUCAAAAACAGAGAAAGAGAAAAGAAGUUAUAUAUUUUUUUCUAUUUAUUGGUGUUUUAAUUUUCUCUCACGAUGAACAAGAACAACAAGGAGAACCAAAAGCUGAGGAAACCCAGCAAGGAUUCGUAAAACCCAAUUUGUCUGCAGCUGGGUUUGCGUUAAUGGGCAAUGUUACGGCGGGAGUGGCGGCCAAGUUUGCGUUUUUCCCACCUGACCCGCCGACGUACGACGUGUACAAGGACGAGGGUGGGAAGCUGGUGUUUUCCAGCGUGACGGCGGACAAGAACAUGGAGGUGCAUUUGCUGGACACGAAGGGCGGGAACAAGAUCGUGGCGACGUUUUGGCGGCACCCUUUAGCGCGGUUCACGCUGCUCUACUCGCAUGGGAAUGCGGCUGACUUGGGGCAGAUGCACGAGCUCUUCAUUGAGCUCAGGUCUCACCUGCGUGUCAAUAUUAUGAGCUAUGACUAUUCGGGCUAUGGAGCAUCCACUGGUAAGCCAUCUGAGUUCAACACAUAUUAUGACAUAGAAGCCGUGUACAAUUGUUUAAAGAACGAGUAUGAAAUAAGACAGGAGGAUUUGAUAGUUUACGGCCAAUCUGUUGGAAGUGGACCAACGCUGCACUUGGCUUCUCGCUUAAAAAAUCUGAGAGCCGUUGUUCUUCACAGUGCCAUCCUUUCAGGCAUACGAGUCUUGUAUCCUGUCAAGUUGACGUUUUGGUUCGACAUUUUCAAAAAUAUAGACAAAAUACGGCAUGUCAGCUCUCCGGUUUUAGUUAUUCAUGGAACAGAGGAUGAAAUUGUUGACUUGUCCCACGGAAAGCGUUUGUGGGAACUAUCCAAAGAAAAGUAUGAUCCAUUAUGGGUGAAGGGCGGAGGCCACUGCAACCUUGAAACAUAUCCCGAGUACAUUAAGCACUUACGCAAGUUCAUAAACGCAAUGGAGAAACUCUCACUCACAAAACCACAACAGGCGAAGAAACAACUCACUUCUGAUGGAAGCAUCACAGAAGUAAAACACAACAAGUGCUUGAGAUUUGGAAAGAGGUAGCUGUUUUUAUAUUACACAUGAUCUGAGAAGUAGGAAAUGGAAACAGAUAGUUCCACUGCAUUUGAGUCCCCCGUCUCCGCGAAUAGCUCCGAUUGCUUACAUGAUGGACUGACUGCCCAGUGUUUAGCAGACAAGGUUGGCUAUGCGUUCAGCUCGGUAUUUUUCCUGGUAGGCGAAGGGAUCGAAUUAGGAUUCAUAUGUAGAGUGUUUGAUCCAGAUCGAGUUCAGAAUCAAAUGACGAUUUUUCAAGAUAGGAAAUGACUUGCAUGUAAAAUUCAAGAGGUUGGUUUGCUUUCCUGGUAUCUGGAUUUCAUGUACAAUAUUUAUAGCACUGAGCUUUUGUGCAAAGACUAUCAGCAACUUCAGAAGAGAACGUUCAACACUACAUGGGCUGCUUUGCUUUGAUUUA